AACGCUACCAAGUAUUUAUACACCUCACAACUUCCCCUUCCACUACCUCCAGUCCCUUUUUCAAAUACGAAAGGAGUAUUAAAUGCGUAUUAAAUGCGUAUUAAAUUGAUAAUCGAUUUAUCGUCAGUAAAAAUGCGACGAAACGACAACAGAUCGAAAGAGUAUCGGGACCCGAGGGAUUUGUUCUCCAAGGAUAGACUGAAAGAACUGGAGAGAAAAAGAAGAGAAUGGAGAAUUGAACAGGAAAGACGUCUAGAGCACGAGAAACGUAAAGCGAAGAUGAUACAAGAGUGGGAGGCAAAAAGAGCUCGAGAAUUAGAAGUAAAGAAGCAACGAAGACGAUCAAAAUCACGAUCAAGAUCAGCGUCACCCACAGGCAGCAGACGAAGUGAUAGAAGUAAAUCUGCAGAAAAAGGAAAAACUCAUUCCAGCAGCGGCGUUCCUGUCAUUUCUACUUCAGUUAUUUCUUUCUUCGAUUUUAAUAACAAACUUUACUAUCUUAGGUGUGAUACUUCGUCGUCGAAUAAUACUCCACUGUUUAAGGGCAGUGAGGGUAAUAAAAUUAGUGUUAGUGAACAUCAAAAAAUUACAGUUAAUAUUCAUCGAAACCUUUCAAAAGCUGAAGAGACAUCUGAGUUGUUGAGGAAUAUUACUAGCCCUGAUGAAAUCAUCCUCAAACGAACAGCAGGUAACAAAAGUUUAAUCGUGUUCUUAUUCAUUCUUUGAUUGGUCAAAAAGUCUUGGGGAUGUUUAUGGUAAAUAGUAACUGAAAAUUUGGGGAAAUUCCAAACUGAAAAUAUGGAACAAAGUUUACCUGACUUCUGUGGGAUAUUCGCCAGUGAAGAUUUCA